ACAAAACGUGGCAAGGAGCACUGGCAUCUAGAGUUACCUUGGCGUUCGAGCGGAAACGGAGCAGCAGCGAGGGGAGUGUAUAUGGCCAGACACGCGGCGUUGCGACAGUUCAUGUUUCUCGACCCUUCGUUCUCGACUUUGACGGUUCAUGUGUGGAAAUGAUAGAUUUGGAUGGCUGUCCAAAGAGAACAUCAGCACAUUUUUUCCACUCGUUAUGUUAUCAUAAAGCAAGAAUCUCUUCUGAGGGUUCAAGCCUGCGGUGCUUUAGAGGUCACAAUGGUCCUGUGUUGUCCCUAUCAAAUAAAUUAUUGGGAGAGGAUGGCAGAAAAGUAUUGGCAAGUGGGGGAGAAGAUGGUACUGUUCGACUAUGGUCCCUUGGCUCAAGUGGCAAACGAGGACAGCUUGCUUUGAAGGCUACACUCUAUGGGCAUGAAAAACCUGUAAAUUUGAUGUCAGUUGCUGGGCACAAAACUUCGCUUUUGGUAUCCAUCUCAAGAGAUUCUAAGGUAAGUGUUUGGGAUACUGGCGCUGCUACAUCAUCUGCUGUUCGUACCUCCUGUUGUGUUGGGAUGGCUUCAGUUCCCGGUACACCCGUAAACAUGAAAUGCCAUGAAUCACUAUUGUAUGUGGCUGCUGGUUCCUCUGCCACUGCAUUUGAUUUAAGGACAAUGCAGAAAGUUAUCACCGCAGCUGUACAUCAACCAAAGCUGUGUUCAUUUGAUGCCAUCCCUUCAAAAUAUUUAAUACGCACAGGCGGUGAUGGCAGGGCAAUGCUCUGGGAUGUUAGGAGAAAUCAAGAAUCACUAAAACCAGAACCGAUAGCCGAGUUGGAUGGACAUUGUGGCCAAGUAACUUUACUGCACAUGGAUCCAUACAAAAUAGUUACUGGGGGCCCUGACAAUGCUUAUGUGAAUGUAUGGGAAGUUGACACUGGUGUACAAACAAAUUCCUUGCUUUGCUCUUUAACUGAUGGUGCUGGAUCUGGCUGUGAUGCCAUGGCUGUAGAUGGGUGUAGAAUUACUACAACUAGCUAUUCUGAAGAUUCGGGUGUUUUGUGCUUUAGGGACUACAACCAUGAUGCCACAAAUCCUGUUACGAAACUAGAAAACGAACCGUCAUCAAAAUUUUGGAUUUCUAUGUCCGAUGAUGACAGUGAUGACUGAUAAUCUAGGUAGCUCCCAAAAUUGUAUUGAUCAAUAUUUUUGUUUUCAGUUGGUUAGAUUGUUACUUUUGUACGGGAUCUUUCUCAAGUGAAAUCUUCCUGUCUAAGAUCAAAGGAUGAUCUCCAAAUGCUAAGGAUGUCAGUUCUAUUUGGAUCACAAAUCCUUCAAUAUAAUCAAAUGUGUUUUUAAGUCAAAUAAAGCCCUAUUGAUAUCA